AGAAUCUCGGUUAUCGAUGUGCUCAACAAGCAACAGACGCGCUCUGUUUAUGUAUCGUACCGCAUACCUAAUUAGCCUAACCCAACAGCUCAGUGUCACUCAGUUAUACGAUGGCUGACCGUGGAAAACUCGGAGAACUCAAUGAGACCAGAAGUGGGUGCUGCCUGCUCAUUCGUCUUUGGUCCAAAAUUGCUCAUGAUACUCGAAAAGCAGUGGAAGUCGAAAGAGUUGAACGCUUCGCCAUUGCCAAAACAAGUUCCAGGUGUCAGCUGGAAUUGGUUGAAGACCACCUUAUCGCCAUUGAAAACGCCGGUCCACAUUAUUCCCUCGCCUGGACCGGUAGUCAAUACCCAACGUUUAUUGACUGCUGAUCGGCACUUUAAGCCAUGCCGUACAAGUGAGAUCGCUGUCAAUCACAAGAAAUGAU